AUGAGAAAGAUCAAGGUUGAUAUUUGUGGAGUCAAUGGUAUGCUAUGUCAUAUCAUCCACUCAACACCAACUUGGAAUAAUGGACCUGCUUGUCAUGACUGUGUUUUUGUUGAACAUGACCCUACAUUACCAGGAUUCCACAGUCUGUAUGUUGCUCAAGUCAUUCUCUUUUUCUCUUUUUACUUUCGUGGAGUUGAUUAUCCUUGUGUGCUUGUCCGUUGGUUUGAAACUAUUGGUGAUCAGCCAUGUCCUAACACUGGUAUGUGGAUGCUUGAGCCAGAGUUUGAUGCCAAUGGUCAGCGUCUUAUUUCAGUAAUUCACUUGGACACAAUUUUGCAUCCAGCACACUUGAUUCCUAUCUAUGAUAAUAAUUACAUUGAUCAUAAUAUGCAACAUUCUGAUUCUUUACUUGCUUUUGUGACCUUUUAUGUCAAUAAGUUUUCAGAUUAUCAUGCCUUUGAAAUUGCCUUUUGA